UCAGCUCGACGUUUACGGGCACAAUGAAGUGAAGCUCAUGUACGUGUGUUUAGGAAGCGGAGAGUUGAUAGCUCGGCACGUAUCGACCAUGAGACCCAACUCGGGUGCAAGAGAACACGAGAAGAAACAGAUGGAAGAGAGCACAGCGAGUUGGAAGGUAGGGAUGAGGCACGGCUUCUAGUUCUACCAGCUUUGACCGUCGGGUUUGACCAGCUCGGCUCACGCAAAGAACGGAAGAAACAAAAAGCGAGCAGAGCAUGCGAUGGCAUGGUGAGGUGAUGCCAAAAGAAGGUGCAGAAGCCAACAAAAGAAGGCCAAGGCUCGGAGCGCUCUCUCUCUCUCUCUACCUCCGCAUACUUCCCACCACCUGCAGGCGCUCAGAGUUGCAGAUCAAGCGUGUGAAAGGAAGGAAGCAAGAGAGUGAGAGGAAGAGUGCUGACUUGAUGACACUUUAUUUGACUGACCCUUUCUUACCUACUACUGCUGCUGCUCUCCUCCUCCCCAAGUGUUGUACACAAUGGAGGAAGAGAGCUUCAUGGACGUGUUGCGGACCGGAGAGGAAGAGGACUACUUGCUCUCUCGCUACUCCUCUCUCUCUCCGACAGGGAUGCUUUGUUUUGGCGAGGAGGAAGACGCAGUUUCAGCACUCCGUAGGGCUCCUCGCAAAGCAAACGACUCUUCUCCACCUCCCACCACCAUCGAUAUAUCCAAAUCUCCGAUCAAGAGGGUGGGAAGCAGCUGCGGUGGAAGAGGGAGGAGGCGGAGAAGCGGUGUGACUGCAAGUGCUACUCCUGCCACCGUCACGACGAGGAAGGAGAAGGUGGGGGAAAGAAUCAUGGCCCUGCAGCGGCUGGUCUCCCCCUUCGGCAAGUCUGAUACGGCCUCCGUUCUGCAUGAAGCUCUGGAAUACAUCCGAUUCCUGCACGAACAAGUCCAGGUUCUGAGCUCUCCUUACCUGCGAAGCCUGCCAUCCUCCGCUGACUUGCAUGACGGGAGAGGGAGCGCAGACCUGAGGAGCCGGGGGCUGUGCCUGGUUCCGGUCGCGUGCACGGAGGACGUGACGAGAAGCAACGGCGCCGAUCUCUGGUCCCCCGCCACGGGAAGUGGCAUCAGAGGCUCCUCCUCCUCUUCCUCCAAGCACUGAGCGUCUCGAGCGGCUCUCCUGAUAUGUUUUGAUUGAUCCUUAGGCUGACAGUAGCAGCAGAAAAGGUUGUGUUUCUGUAACAGAGGUUAAGUAGCAGAUAAGAAGCGUAAAAGGAGUUGCCGAGGAAAAAGGAAGUCAUGCAAUACAUCGAUGUUCUGUUGAGAUGUCAGUGAAUUCAAAUAUCAGAAACAUAUCUUUCGAACGAGUA